AUGAGAGGCGCUGUGGGCCGCGGUGAUGGCAGUGCUCCUGUGGCAACUCAUUCAGGUGUGGCGCUGCUGCAUGUGCUGGACAUAAUCCCCUCCCCCCCACUGCCGCACCCGCAGCAGGGGGAUGGAGGAGAAAGGGGGGGGCAGGGGGGGGGCGGUGCAGGAGCCACUCGGGCGACAGCAGGAUGCGCCACACCCGCCACCCCCAUACCCUCCCCCCCACUGCUGCACCCGCAGCAGAGAGAUGGAGGAGAAGGGGGGGGGGGCGGAGGGGGCUGGUACUGCAGAUCCCCUCCCCCCACUGCCGCACCCGCAGCAGGGGGAUGGCAGAUCCCUUCCCCCCCACUGCUGCACCCGCAGCAGGGGGAGGUAGGAGAAGGAUGA